CGCGUCGCCCGCGUCAACGGGAUACUAUCCUGCAACGCAGCUCACACGAUAAUCUUCCGCGAAACGGAUUUCAAAACUUAUUGCAUUCCUACCAGGUAGAGGAUUUAGCAAAAAGCACAUAAAAUGCCGCGUGUCCCCCGCAAUGCCGUGGAUGACCCCGAAAUCAGCGUCCGCCUGAAAUACGGCAUCCACACUAUCUUCUUAUUCACAAUGGUUGACUGGACCUUCUCGCGUCUUACCACCGAGCUCCUUUCGAUCCUCCGUGACCGCUAUCCGGACGGUCUAACGGCUUCCACCGGCGAUCCCCAGAAAACACCCGUGCCAGCUAGCGACGACGAUAUCCGAGUCGCCUACGCCCUUCCCAAAAACGCCAAUGACCUGUCACAAGGAUGGAAGAACAUCAAGGCACAACCCAGCGACCUCCUGGGCAAGAAAGGACUGACAGAUACAUGCUCCGUCGCCUUUGCAUUGCUUGAUCCGACUGCGGACGAGGGUGACGUCCAGUUCCAGGUGGAGGUUCCGACGUUAGAGGAUGAGGAAGCGUGAAGAGCCGGACUGGUUGCAACUCGCCGUUUGCCCUUCCCUGUGCGAGGAAAUCAUGGCACUCGCGGCGACGUGGAGGAGAGGAAAAGAUACUCAGACAGAACUCGGAGGGCAUCGUGCCAGAAGUGAGGAAACCUGGACACAGGGCUCAUCCGGGUGAUUGGCCACGCGCAGAUAGGGGGCCGAAUCG